AUGUCCGCCCAAAGCUCCCCCAAAACCUCCUCCGAUUCUGAAGACAGACCCGACUCUAUUCAAUUCUCGCCCCAACCGCCAGCCUCCCACCAUCGACCCAGCAUCUCUUUCGAGGCCAAAACGAGGAAUCAAAGCCCGCGAAGGCGAUCUAUCCAAUUCAACGUCGGCAACACGGACACACAGCUGCACAGUCGCUCCGGGGUCAAGGAGAGACGGCCUUUAUACGCAGAGGCGCCGCCCCGGGAACUAGACGUGGAGCGAGAACAGCGGCCUCUGUCAACGAGUCGUGGGCCGUCUCCACCACCUCCGAAGACCUACGAGCGCGGUGUCUCAUUUAACACGUUUGAUAACCGCGACGCAGCGGAUUUCUCGUUGACCCUGAACUACAAACACAAGGGGUAUCAGAGUACCCGGCGGAGCAGGACGUUUCUAUGCGGGACGGAUCAGAAUGAUUACUCUGAAUUUGCACUGGAAUGGCUGAUUGACGAGCUGGUUGACGAUGGGGAUGAGAUUGUUUGCCUGCGCGCGGUGGAGAAGGACUCGCGCAUGGCGAGCGAUGCUGGUAUCGAGGAGGGCAAGUACCGCCAAGAAGCUGAGAGGUUGUUCGAGCAGGUAAUUCAAAAGAACAGCCAAGAUGAAAAGGCCAUCAGUUUGGUUGUGGAACUUGUGGUAGGGAAGGUGGAGAAUAUUAUCCAGCGCAUGAUCCGUAUAUAUGAGCCUGUUAUGCUCAUUGUCGGCACCCGAGGUCGAAACUUAAAGGGCGUUCACAGCCUACUGCCCGGAUCUGUCUCCAAAUACUGCCUCCAGCAAUCUCCCAUUCCAGUCAUCGUGGUCCGACCCUCACCCAAGCGCGAGAAGAAAAAGAAGAAGCGCCGCGCGGACCCUACUCGACGGAGCUACAAUCAUAUCCUCGAACUGAGCGAGCAACGCGGCAGCCGAAUCUUCGACGCGGGCUCCAGCACCGAGAGCGGUAUCUCCAAACUCCCCGAUGAAGAGGCGGCUGUUGCCGAAGCGCUGGGACUGCCUGCAUCCUACUCCCGCGCCAACUCGCGCAGCUCCAUGUCUGUAUCUGAUCGCAGCAGUCUGAGUAUUUAUGAAUCCGACUCCCCGUCUCCAGUCCCGCAUUCCCUAGACGCGGUCGUUCUGAAGAGUCCUCUGAACGGAAGUCCAGCGAGUUCCGAAGAGAGCAUUGUGGUCAGCGAGGGGACACAGCGAGCAUCAUCUCCAGGGCCACCGUCCACAUCACCCUCACCUCCGCUCGAAGUCUCGCCCGAUGAAUCAGAGCAACCACAAAAGGAGGGCGAUACAGCGGAUUUGACCUCGGAAGCACCUGAUGCCAUCGCGAAGCGAGUGUCGAUCCCCGUGAUCGAAGUCUCCAACGGCAAUGACGAGAACGAUACUGCCAAGGACGCCGACGCCUGA